UCAUGCUUUUGUCAGACUGAAAUAACAUUGCCUCUGUGAAUACUGCUCCCUGCUCCGAAAUUACAGGAAUUACUUUAUCGUACAAAGUAAAAUGCUGAAAAAAAUCUGGAAUCCAUUUAGAAAUUGCUUUCGGCACCAUACGUCAUGUAAUUCAAAUUCUUAUUUUAUAAGAAACUUUCCAGAAACACGAUGUUCUAUGCUCUGUAAUGGCCUUACCAUCGCAACGGAAGAACGGCAAAGUUCCAAUGUAUGCAUCGGUUUUUAUAUUGGUAGUGGUUCUCGGUACGAGAAUGAGAAAACUAACGGUUUUACGCAUUUUUUUGAGCAUGUUGCUUUCAAGGGUACCAGACAAAGAGCAAAGGCAGCACUUGAAAGCGAUAUAUCAAACACGGGAGCAAAAUUCAAAUGCUUUACAAAUCGUGAAAUUACGGUCUAUUACGUAGAAUGCCUAGCACGAGAUUUACUCUGCGUAACAGAUAUUUUGUUUGAUUGUGUCUUCAACAAUGCGUUUGUUAACGAUGAAGUAGAAUUUCAAAAGAAUGUAGUAUACCAAGAAAUGUUGAAACACGAUGUUUCUACAGUGAAUGUAUUGUAUGAUUAUUUACAUUCCACAGCUUAUCAAGGCACUCCACUAGCACAGACCGUUAUGGGGCCAAGUAAAAAUCUAUUCAGUUUAAAUUGUGCCAAUUUAAAUAAUUUUGUAUCUAAAAUGUUUAUCCCACAACAAACUGUUUUGGUCGCUGUUGGUGGCAUAAAACAUGAGUCUAUAGUAAGUUUAGGUGAAAAGUAUUUGAGCCAUACAGUGAAUGCAGAGCCCAUCGAUCUUGGUCCGAAGAGAUAUACGGGUUCUGAGAUCGUUUACAGGAAUGAUUCUCUACUAUUAGCUCAUUUGGCGAUUGCUGUAGAAGGACCAGCGUACACUCAUGAUGACAGACUUAUAAUGGAUCUGGUUACCUCAUUCUUAGGAGGGUGGGAUGCGUCUCAACCGGGUGGUAUAAAUCAUGGAACACGUUUAGCCCACUUCGGAUCUGCUGGCGGUCUAUGUGAAGCAUAUAAAGCCUUCAAUUUUCACUAUAGAGACACUGGAUUAUGCGGCAUUGAGUUUAUAUCACCAAGGCUCGAAACAGAUGACAUGGUACUGACUAUUCAACAGCAAUUGAUGAGAUUAUGCCAUAUGAUAACUGAUGGUGAGUUAGUGAAAGCAAAGAAUGAACUUAAGUCCAAAAUACUAAACAAAGUUCAAACCACCACUGGCGCUUUUCACGAUAUUGGUCAAUAUAUCUUUAGAGCUGGAUAUCGACCAUCCAUUUAUGAGCAAAUGAAUGCAAUUGAUAAUAUAACGGCAGAUACGUUUAAAAGCAUAUGUUACAAAUAUUUCUAUGACAAAUGCCCAGUAAUUGCAGGUAUAGGAUCGACAGAAGGGUUGUUGCAGUAUUCAAGAACCAGAGGUUGGAUGUAUUGGUUACGAGUCUAACCAUUAUUUAAUUAAUAUUCAAGCAACAAAAUAAUCUGUAACUUUGGCUGCAAACAAAUAAAAGCUAUUUUC